GGGUUGGUUGACCCUCCGGGGCGAAAGGGAAACUGCAGUUUCGGGUUGCAGCUUGCCGGGCUCGGAACUGGCUCCGCUGCUGCCUGAAAGCAGCCGGCCCGGCUGCCCUGGGACUCAGGAAGCUUCGCGUGCUGCUGCUUGCCCCGGCCGGGAGUGAGAGAUGAGCCGAGGGUUUGGAAAGACCGGGAAGGCAGAGCCGCCAGAGCCUUUGCCCCCGGGCUGCGGGGAUCGGGAAGCCUCGUCACGUCAUCCACCAGCCUUGUGCAAUCGGCAGGAGGAGGAGGAGGCAGGCAGGGGGCGGGAGACGCCGCCACUGACUGUGCAGGAUCGGCCCAAAAGCGGCCCGGAUUGCUUGGCGGCCAGGGCCGGGGCCACGGGAAAGCAAUAGCCAUGGCCUUGCUCCACAUCUCUGCCCUACUGCUGUUGGCCGGGCUGAGCAAGGGGAAUGACUUCCCUUUCCAGGACCCCACGUUGCCUUGGGAGGAGCGGCUGGAUGACCUCAUGAACCGGCUGACACUGGAGGAGAUGGUGGAGCAGAUGGCAAGAGGAGGUGCGAUGAACAACGGCCCAGCUCCCCCCAUUGAGCGACUGGGCAUUGGACCCUACAACUGGAACACAGAGUGCCUGCGUGGGGAUGUGGAGGCCUCAGGUUGGGCGACGGCCUACCCUCAAGCCCUGGGCUUGGCUGCCUCCUUCAGCCGAGAACUCAUCCACCGCGUGGCCAACGCCACGGCCACAGAGGUCCGGGCCAAACACAACAUCUUCGUCUCCAGUGGUAACUACGGCGACCACACAGGCCUAAGUUGCUUCAGCCCUGUGUUAAAUAUCAUGAGGCACCCGCUGUGGGGCAGGAACCAGGAAACCUACGGGGAGGAUCCCUUCCUGACGACCGAGCUGGCUGUGGCUUUCGUGACAGGGCUGCAGGGCGAACAUCCCCGCUACGUCAAGGCCAGCGCCGGCUGCAAGCACUUUGAUGUCCACGGUGGUCCUGAGAAUAUCCCCACAUCCCGGUUGAACUUUGAUGCCAAGGUGGCGGAGCGGGAUUGGCGCAUGACCUUCCUGCCCCAGUUUGAGGCCUGUGUCCGGGCCGGAGCCUUCAGCUUCAUGUGCAGCUAUAACAGCAUUAACGGAGUCCCCGCCUGCGCUAACAAGAAGCUGCUGACUGACAUCUUGCGGGGAGAGUGGGGCUUCCAGGGCUACGUGGUGAGCGACGAGGGAGCCCUGGAGCUGAUCAUGUACGGCCACCACUUCACCCACAACUUGCUGGAAACGGCUGUCGCUUCUGUGAAUGCCGGAUGCAACCUGGAACUUGCGUUUGGGAUGAGGAGAAAUGUGUUCACGUAUAUAAGCAAGGCAGUUGCCCUCGGCAACAUUUCCUUGGAGACGGUCAAGGACCGCGUGCGCCCACUUUUCCGCACCCGCAUGCGCCUGGGUGAAUUUGACCCCUUGGCAAUGAACCCCUACAACCUCCUGGGACCAGACGACGUGCAGACCAAGGCCCAUCAACAACUGGCCCUCGACGCCGCCAUCAGCUCUUUCGUCCUUCUAAAAAACAUCCGAGGGACACUGCCUCUUAAGGCCCAGGGGAAGAGCUUUGCGGUGGUUGGACCUUUUGCAGACAACCGACCGCUUAUCUUUGGGGACUAUGCACCAUCCCCAGAUCCCCAAUAUAUCUAUACCCCCAGGAGGGGCCUGUCAAUGAUAGCAGCCAAUGUCACCUUUGCGGCUGGAUGUAGCUUCCCCAGGUGUGACCAGUACUCCCCUGAUGAGGUGAAGGCCGCGGUCCAGGCAGCAGACGUGGUGGUUGUGUGCCUGGGUACAGGAGUUGAUCUGGAGACCGAAGCUGUGGACCGAAGUGACUUGGCCCUGCCUGGCCAUCAGCUGCAGCUGCUGCAGGACGCCGUGGCUGUGGCUGCCGGGCGUACAGUGAUUCUGUUGCUCUUCAACGCCGGCCCGCUUGACGUGAGUUGGGCCAAGGCCCACGACAGUGUGGGCGCAAUCCUGGCCUGCUUCUUUCCUGCCCAGACAACCGGCCUGGCAAUUGCCAAGAUGUUGACAGGAGCAGAAGGGACCAACCCUGCUGGCAGGCUCCCUGCCACGUGGCCAGCAAGUAUGCAGCAGGUACCUCCAAUGGAGAACUACACAAUGGUUGGCCGGACAUACCGCUACUUUGGGGAUGCAGCUCCACUCUACCCUUUUGGCUAUGGGCUUUCAUUUACCAGCUUCUGCUACAGCGACCUGACAACAGGAAGCGAUGUCGUGCCCAUUUGCAGUAACCUCAGCGUCUCUGUGGUGGUGGAGAACGUGGGCUCCAGAGAUGGCGAGGAGGUGGUGCAGCUCUACCUCCGCUGGGGUGGGGCUUCGGUGCCGGUGCCCCGCUGGCAGCUUGUCGGCUUCCGCCGGGUACAAGUGCCCAAGGGCCAAGCCGUGAAGGUGCCCUUCCUGGUAUCCUACAGACAGAGAGCCGUGUGGGCCGAUCAGUGGAUGUUGGAGCCUGGCACGUUCACGGUGUUUGCCGGCGGGCAGCAGCCCUUCCAGGAAACCCGUCCGUCUUCUAACGUCCUACAAGCUGAUUUUACCGUAUCCGGCAGUGCCCGGGCGAUGAGCCAGUGCCGGGGUUGACAAGCGGCACCCAGAGAAGCCAGAGGGAAGCCCAUCCGGCUAAUGAAUGUGUCCACGAUGAGUUUUUGGAUCCAGCAAACGUAUCAAAGAGAACUCCACCUACAACAGGAAGACACCGAUCUACUGUGAAGCGUGGCCAGUUUGGGGAAAUGGGAUCGCUCCAGAGAUGCGCAGGCCUUGUUGCCAGCCCAAAGGCAAGGAAGUUGGCGGUUUGGAAGACCAUAGGGCCUGGGAAUGAUUGGGGCAGCGGGCUGUGGUUAGGGUUUCAAAGGCGGCUCAGCGUGAAUAAAAGAUUGUUUUCCAGUA